AUGGCCGCUUCGGCAAUCCUCGGCGAUUCCGCCGUCUCCUCCUCCCCACGAUUCCUUACUGCCCUGCACGUCCUAACCGCUCUCGGCGAUUUCCGCCAUCCCGUCCUUCCCAGGGAGGGAGGGGUGUGCGCGUUCGGGAAUCUUCGGUCAUUUCCGGAGAAAUUCUACGUCAGACGCGGGCUCCCAUUUCCGGGGAGCGCCUUCGGUGCUUCUCGGCACUUUUCGGAGCCCGAGCGCAGCUUUCGGCUUGUUCCGGAGAUUAUCGGUCUUUUCUGCCGUCGUGGGACCCGGAGCAUGCCCUUCAUGUCACUACUGAAGGGGAAUUGUGUAAGAAAACUGGCAGCAAAUUUAUGCACAGCAAGAUCUCACAAAUGGCAAUCUGCCCAUGGCCAGAUCAACCGUUUUAAUUACAGUAUUAAAAAGUUGGAUGUUGACUCCAGCUGCUUCAUAAAUGGCCUUGCCUCCACCCGGACAGAAGUACUGCAAAGGCCCCAGAUACUGGCACUGCAUCUCAACAAGACAGCACGUGUGGAGAAGACCCAUCUGUCCCUCAGCCUGGACAGCCCUGAGAUUACAGACCGCACUCUGGGGCUGGAGAAAGCACAGGCGCUGGCUGAGGGCAGCAGGCAGUUUGGCCCACAGACGGUGGACAGCAGCCCCCUGGAUAUUAGGGUCACUGUGGGUCUGCCCCCACACAAGGCAGACAGCUUACAGCUCUCCUUCACAUCCCUGAGGAAGGCUUCCCUGGUUGGUCAGCAGCGCAGUCUCAGGGAGCAGGGCAGCCCUUCGGAGGAGAGGCAGGGGGCAUCCCAAACGUGUCUGGGUGCCUGUCUACCCAGCCCUGUGCCCUCCUGCCUGAGUGCCAUGAAGCCUCUGAGGGGCAGCUGCUGGGGCUGCUGGAAGCUGGUGAGCCGUGAGGAGUCAGUCUCCAGCUCCUGCCUGCCAUGCAGAGCUGGCCUCAGGACCCUGGGCUGUGGGCCGGCCCUCCGGAGAGUGGGCUGCAUGCCCAGCCUGCAGGCCAUCAGCUGCCUCACCUGUGACCCUUCCCUGAGGUCCGUCAGCUCUUCCUGCAGCUUUUGCAGCAGUGACCCCAUUGUCACCUACAAUCCCCGGACCUCCAAGGUCAGCAAGGAGGAGGACAGCUACAACACCCGCGCCAUCUGGCCUGAGGAGCUAGCUAAGAAGAUGGGCAGCACCAAGGUCCAGCAGCAGUCGGCUGUCAUCCUGGACUGCCGCAACCUGGUGGAAUUCACCAAAAACCAGCUGCAGGGUGCCAUGAGGAUCGGCUGGUCAGAGGGCCCAGGGAGGGGUAUCCCCAACCACGGGGGGAUGACCGUCUUUGACCUCCUGUCUCAGAGCCAAGAGGCCAAGGCACCAUGUGGAACACCCUGGCCCCAGCAGGCCAGCAGCUCCAAGCCAAGAGUCAGAAAUCCCAGCAGAUCCCUCACUCCACCAUCUCUCCACCUGAUCCUGGAUUCAAUCCACAGGGAGGACCGGGAUGGGCGAGGUGGCCGAGAACCUGGGUGUGAGGAGGGUACAGUUCCCAGCUCUGCGUCAGUGAGAGGACAGGAUGAAGGGGAGGAGAUGAUCGAAGGGUCAUUCGGAGAGUGUGAAGGUGCAGCCCCCUUGACCCCUGACAUUGAAAAUGCCGAGCUGACCACCGUCCUGCCGUUCUUGUACCUAGGGAAUGAGCGGGAUGCUCAGGAUCUGGUCAGGCUGCGCCAGUUAAAUGUGGGAUAUGUCAUCAAUGUCACCACCCAUCUUCCCCUGUAUCACGCACAGGCUGGCACUGUGCGCUAUAAGAGACUGCCAGCAACUGACAGCAGCAAACAGAACCUUCGCCAGUACUUCGAGGAGGCUUUUGAAUUCAUUGAGGAAGCCCACCAAUGUGGCAAGGGGGUUCUGAUACACUGCCAGGCAGGUGUCUCGCGUUCUGCCACCCUGGUCAUCGCCUACCUGAUGAAGCACACGCUGAUGUCCAUGACAGAUGCUUACAAAUAUGUAAAGGGAAAACGGCCCAUCAUCUCCCCAAACCUCAACUUCAUGGGGCAACUGCUGGAGUUUGAAAUGGACCUGAACAAGGGGCUCACACCCCGCAUCCUCAUCCCAAAACUCACUGGACUGGAGACCGAGGUGUAG